UUUUUCUACACACUGACAUUUCCGACAAGCGUGUACUUAGUUCGUCAAACAUGUGCGUUAAAAUGUACUUGACGCCAAAAAUACCGUAAAAUUGUCUUUAUUUUAACGCGAAGUAUUUAUUUAAUUACGUUAAUGUGUCAAUUUAGUGCAACUUUACUUUGAUUUCAUUCGAAUUCGGCAUAAAAAGGCAAUGACAGCGGAACAAAAAGCCUCAAUUCAUGAGCAUUUCGAAGAAUUGGGAAUAGAAUGUAUGAAGGAUUAUCCCAUUAACGAAGAAGAUGUUAAUAAUUUAAGAUCGAAGAAAAUCGGAAACGGUGAAAAUGUACCUUGUUUCUUAUCGUGUUUAUUGAAAAAAGUUGGAGUUAUGGACGACAAAGGCAUGCUGCAAAAGGAAACGGCUCUUGAAUACGCCAAAAAAGUUUUUAAUGACGCUGAAGAGUUGAAACAUAUUGAGGAUUACCUGCAUUCGUGCUCGCAUAUCAACGAAGAAACUGUUAGUGAUGGAGAAAAGGGUUGUGACAGAGCAUUACUGGCUUUCAAUUGUAUGUUAGAAAAUGCAUCUCAGUUUGGCUUUGACGUUUAAAUGUGCGGCGACUCGACGAUUAAGACGAUCAAAAUGAAGAUGGACGAUAGACUCGUAUUUCAUAGUUAUAUUAUAUCUUAUAGC